AUGGUGCUGUUCGAGCUGAUUCACCCCGCUCCAUUGACAGAGAAAGUGCAAUCCCGCCAGGGGAAUGUAUAUCUGUACAGGGCCAUGUGGCUAAUUGGCUGGAUACCGCCGAAGGAGGGUCUCCUGCGGUACGUGUACCUCUUCUGGACCUGUGUGCCCUUCGCCUUCGGGGUAUUCUAUCUGCCCGUCGGCUUCAUCAUCAGCUAUGUGCAGGAGUUCAAGAACUUCACGCCCGGCGAGUUCCUCACCUCGUUGCAGGUGUGCAUCAAUGUGUAUGGCGCCUCGGUGAAAUCAACUAUCACCUACAUAUUCCUCUGGCGAUUGCGGAAAACGGAGAUGCUAUUGGAUGCAUUGGACAAGAGGCUGGAUAGCGAUAGCGAUCGCGAGAAGAUACACAAUAUGGUGGCCCGGUGCAAUUAUGCCUUCCUGAUCUACAGUUUCAUAUACUGCGGUUAUGCGGGAUCCACUUUCCUUUCCUAUGCACUGAGUGGUCGUCCUCCUUGGUCGGUCUAUAAUCCAUUUGUGAACUGGCGCGAUGGCCUGGGCAGCCUGUGGAUCCAGGCGAUAUUCGAGUACAUCACCAUGUCCUUUGCCGUACUGCAGGAUCAGCUAUCCGAUACGUAUCCCCUGAUGUUCACCAUUCAGUUUCGAGCGCACAUGGACAUACUUAAAGAUCAUGUGCGAAAUCUAAGAAUGAAUCCGGAGCGAAGUGAGGCCGAUAACUAUCAGGAUCUGGUAAACUGUGUCAUGGAUCACAAGAUGAUCUUGAGAUGCUGUGAUAUGAUUCGACCCAUGAUAUCCCGCACCAUCUUCGUGCAAUUCGCACUGAUUGGUUCUGUUUUGGGUCUGACUCUGGUCAAUGUGUUCUUUUUCUCGAACUUCUGGAAGGGCGUGGCCUCACUCCUGUUCGUCAUCACCAUCCUGCUGCAGACAUUUCCCUUCUGCUACACCUGCAAUCUGCUAAUUGACGACGCCCAGGAGUUGGCCAACACGAUUUUCCAAUCCAACUGGGUGGAUGCAGAGCCGCGUUACAGGGCCACUUUGGUGCACUUUAUGCACCAUGUCCAGCAGCCGAUUAUUUUCAUAGCAGGAGGCAUAUUUCCCAUCUCCAUGAACAGCAACAUAAGCGUGGCCAAGUUCGCCUUCAGCAUCAUUACAAUAGUGCGACAAAUGAAUCUGGCCGAGCAGUUCCAGUAAAAUUAGCUCACAAAAAUGAUUUCGAAUUAUCCCACACACAGAAGUCCCAAAAAAGAGGCCCCCCAGCUAUUCUUUAUACCCGUGAUUUGCAUAAAAUGUGUAUAUGUUGUGGCUUAUCUCAUAAGAUUUUGGCUGAUUUAGUUGGUAAAUGGUAAUGGCCAUGGCAAAGGAUGUGAAAGUCAAACUAAAUUUGCAAAUUGCGUAGCAGACGGAAAUUACAACAGCCAGACGUCGACGAGUGUAACAACAAGCAGUCUGAGCAAAAUGGGCUAAAGGCUCGCAAAAUAUUUCACUCGGGGAAAAACGAGGAGGAGGAUGAGGAUGAAGCAACCACAGGAAGUACAUAUAACCGUUUACAUAUUGUAUGCGAUUUUUAUUUAAAUUUUAUGUUAAACACGUGACUUGUAACCAGCCAAAAGGCGGAGUAGGAAAAUAAUAAUAUAAAACGGAUCGCCCAGACUGUGGCAAAAGCAAAUAUUAUGACAUAUUUUUGCG